AUGGCUAUACUAAUUAGUUCUUUGAUCGUUUUUACAAAAGUGCUUCUUUAUAUGAAAUUAACACAUUGCAUGGAGGUUGAUUUCUGCAUACCUGUUCGCGUGGAUCACCAAAAGCAUGAAAAGCAUCUGCACCGGCGCGCGGAGCAAAUGAAUGAAAGACAAAUUGUUUUUAGGCUAAGUGCAUUUAAGCAUGAAUUCUACCUUCACCUCACGCCGGAUUCUAGUUUCCUUGCACCGGGCAGCAUGCCACCAGAUAACGGCUCCUCAGCAUCCAACACCUCUGCAGGCGCUGACCUCAGGGAAUGCUUCUACUCCGGUGAUGUCAACUCAGACCAGGACUCCUUCGCCGCGCUCAGUCUGUGUAAAGGUCUCCAGGGGGGGUUCAGCUAUGAUGGCAUGGAAUAUUUCAUCAGCCAGACCAGGAGCGAAGACGCUGCUGCCGCGUCCGGAUUUGGAAACUCUUUCGACAAGACGCAUGUCAUCCGCCGCCGGAGAAGCGCUGCGCACCCGGCCGCCAACUUCACUAGCAGGUGUGGAGUUACACCUGACUCCAACUACAGCGCUUCCCUGGAGAAAUACAAGUACAUGGGCGAGCUUGAGAUUGAUGGCUUAACUGAAACUGUGUUGAAAACCUUGGGGAGGUCCAAACGGUUUGCCUCCAUCCCCAGGUUUGUGGAGGUGCUGGUGGUGGCAGAUGAAUCUAUGGCCAAAUUUCACGGGGAUGACCUGAAGCAUUACCUCCUGACCCUGAUGUCAGUCGCAGCCAAGCUUUACAAGCACCCCAGCAUUCUCAACUCCAUAAACAUAGUGGUGGUGGGCUUUAUGGUGAUAAAUGAAGCUGACAAGGGACCAAAGGUUUCCAGUAACGCAGCCUUGACUCUGCGCAACUUCUGCUCCUGGCAGAAGAAGUUGAAUAAACACAACGACAAGCACCCUGAGUACUGGGACACCGCUAUACUGUUCACCAAACAGGAUCUUUGUGGGGCCACAACCUGCGAUACAUUGGGGAUGGCUGACGUUGGGACCAUGUGUGACCCGAAGAGGAGCUGCUCUGUCAUCGAGGAUGAUGGCUUGCCCUCUGCCUUCACGACUGCACAUGAGCUUGGCCACGUCUUCAACAUGCCCCAUGACAAUGUGAAAGCUUGUGAGGAAGUAUUUGGGAAACUAAAGGACAACCACAUGAUGUCUCCCACGCUGAUUCAGAUCGACAGGAGCCGGCCCUGGUCUGUAUGCAGUGCAGCCAUCAUUACAGAGUUCCUGGACAGAGGUCAUGGAGACUGUCUGCUGGACCAGCCUCAGAAGCAGCUGUCUCUCCUAGACAACCUGCCAGGCUCCAGCUACAGCCUGCAUCGUCAGUGUGAGUUAGCCUUUGGUCCCGGGUCUAAGCCCUGCCCCUACAUGCAGCCCUGCUCCAAGCUGUGGUGCACCGGAAAGGCCCGAGGACAGCUGGUCUGCCAAACUAGACACUUCCCCUGGGCAGAUGGCACCAGCUGUGGCAACAGCAAAGUCUGCUACCAAGGGGCGUGCACCGAUAAGAACAGCACCAUGCACACCAAGGUGGACGGCAGAUGGGGAAAGUGGGGUGCAUUUGGAGACUGUUCCCGAAGUUGUGGUGGAGGAGUCCAGCUGGCCAAGAGAGAGUGUGACAACCCUAUUCCUAAGAAUGGAGGCAAAUACUGCUAUGGCCUCCGCAUUAAAUAUCGCUCUUGCAACCUCAACUCUUGUCCUGAAACAGGUAAGAGUUUCCGUGAGGAGCAGUGUGAGGCAUUCAAUGGCUUAAACCUAAACACCAACAGACUUGGUGCCUCUGUGGUCUGGGUACCCAAAUAUUCAGGAAUUUCUCCCAAGGACAAAUGCAAGCUCAUCUGCCGCGCCAACGGGACUGGAUACUUCUAUGUCCUUGCACCAAAGGUUGUGGAUGGGACACCCUGCUCUCCAGACACCUCAGCUGUAUGUGUUCAGGGAAAAUGCAUCAAAGCAGGCUGUGACGGGAAGCUGGACUCUAACAAGAAGUUUGACAAGUGCGGUGUGUGUGGCGGUGACAACCAGGGUUGCAAGAAGGUCUCAGGGAUGUUCACCAAACCCAUUCAUGGCUACAACUUUGUGGUGGUGUUGCCUAUCGGAGCCUCCAACAUCGACAUCCGUCAGCGUGGCUACCGAGGAAUGGUCAAUGACGAAAACUACUUAGCAGUGAAGAAUCGGCACGGCAAGUACCUGCUGAAUGGCAACUACGUGGUGUCAGCAGUGGAGCGUGACCUGCUGGUGAAGGGUAGCCUACUGCGUUACAGUGGCACCUCCACAUCUGUGGAGAUCCUGCAGGCCACCAGACCUCUGCAGGAGCCUCUGACUGUGGAGGUGCUCUCAGUGGGGAAGAUGACUCCUCCCAGGGUGCGCUACUCCUUCUAUAUGGCCAAGGAGAGUAAGGAGGAGAAGACUCUGCGGAAAGAGGAGAGAAGUCACACAGCACAGAAUAGUGUCUUGGCGGAUAGUAACAAAGUAGAAGCAAAGAAGCAGGUGAUGGGUAAGAGGCCGGUCAGUCACUGGGUGACAGGAAGUUGGGAUCCAUGCACGGUGACUUGCGGUAACGGUCUGCAGAAGAGGCUGGUACAGUGCCAGAGCAUGGAAGGACGUCCUGCAGCGGACUGUGCCAGUGCUGACAGGCCUGUCGCAGUGAGAGCAUGUGGGGAUCCAUGUCCCUUAUGGGAUGUAGGGGUCUGGUCUCCCUGCUCCAAGUCUUGUGGAAGGGGCUUUAAAAGGCGGCCCGUGCGCUGCACAACCGAGAAUGGUCUUCAUCUACCCAGAGACCACUGCUCUGGAAGGAGGAAGCCUCAGGAACUGGACCUCUGCAAUCUGAAGCCAUGUUAGAGCAGAACAGAAUGUAUUUUUGGCAGUCGAAAUGACAAUUUGACAUGGACAUUAGCCCAAAUCAUCAUGCUAAUGAUUGUAUAGCUUUUGUUGAGUGAAAGUACACUUAAAUGCAACUGCAACUGUGUCUGUGCUCAAAAGAAAGCCAGUGGAGAUGGAGAGGGACUUCCUGUAUGUUUGCAAAGACAGACAUCUGUUUACACAAGAGAAAAGAAGGAAAGCUGUCGUCUCCUAAACUGUCAAACCAUCUGUGGCAGGUUUGAUUUGGUUAGUCUACCUCUACCAGGAUAGAUGACACAUGUCUGUGUGUAUACACUAACAAACAGAGACUGAGACACAUCUGCACACACAUGUCAUUACUUGUUAUGAAUGGGACGAGGUUCCAAAAGUAGUGAGAAGUGAAUGUUCAGGACUAACUGAUGAAAUGGUGAGCCUCAACACUCACACUGUGCUGUUAUCAGAAGCAAAUGACAUUUUUCUCAUAUCAGUGAGGAACUAAUCGAAAUGUGAAACACAGUACUGUAUCUGCAACGUUCAACACCUGGAAUUUAUUUUUCUGUUUUUGUCGGUUCAGUGCUAUUGGCUGUUGUCAGACCAUCUUGUUGAUGUAGCCAAAUGAAAAUCAGCAGUCUGUCACGCUGCCAUUCAGAGUCAGCUCAUUUAUCUACUAGCUUUACAAACACUGUGUCCUUCCCAAAUGAAAAAAAACUGCCAAUAUGUCCCACAUACUUCAUACAAUCUUUCAUUUUCACACCAAUUAUUAAUUGGUUCAAAGAAUUCCUAAAUUGAACUUAUGACCAAAAAUCUAAAAACAUUUAUAACAGUUUAUAAGGAAGUUAG